GUCCAAUGGUCCAAUGCAAAACAAAUUCCUUUGAAGAAUCUCAGUGAUGACUAGAUUCAAUUUAUAAAUUAGAUUCAUGUUUUUUUUAAUUUUCCAAAAUAAUUUACUAUUUUUGGAGUAUCGAAUUUCUCACUAACAUUCUGAAAAUUUGACUUGCGAAACGUCGCCUGAUGAUUGGUUAAAAAGGCAUGGACUGCUUUCUUCUUGAAAAUGACUUUCCAAAGCCUCCCCACAUUACAUGCAAUGGAGUCUGAUACGGCUGUUAAACUUUCUGGAGUUCAAGCUAUUUUGGAUCAACUAGGUUUUGGAUGGUAUCAAGUUCGUGUCAUUAUAAUCAUCGGUAUGGCUCAAGCGACUGAUACCAUGGAAACUUUAAUUCAAGCAAUUCUUGGGCCUACACUACGAUGUGAAUGGAACAUGAGUUCGGAUUAUGUUGCUCUUCUUACCACUCUAGUAUUUUUGGGUAUAUGUAUAGGUUCUCCACCGAUAGGAUAUUUAUCAGAUAGACUCGGACGUAAAGAUUUGAAUGUUGUUUGUUGUCUUGCACUUAUUCACAUGACAUGGUUAUGUGCUAUUUCACCAACAUAUACGUGGUUAGCAACUUUGCGCUUUAUAUCAGGUCUAUACAUUGGGGGCUUACUAACAGCUGGUUGUUCAAUGAUAUCAGAAGUGCUACCAGAAAAUUACCAAGCUACUGGUCAAUUACUUGUUUGUUUUUUUGAUUCUUUUAUUGCUCUCUAUGUAACUGGUAUCGGACUUGGAUGUUCUGUAGCAAAACUUAGUUGGAGAUUUUUUAUAUUAUUUACAACAGCACCCCUGUUGUUAUGUGCAUUAGGCUUAGCCUAUUUCAUACAAGAAUCACCCAUACUAUUGGCUCAGUGGGGAAAUUAUGAAGAGGCAGCAAAUGUUCUGGAUGAGAUUGCAAAAUGCAACGGUCGAAUUCCAUCGAAAAGCAUUACAGAUAAUGAAAAUAAUGACCACAGUAAUGAUAACCAUUCAUCGAACAAAUCAUGUACUUUUCUAAAUAACAUGCUGACGAUUGAAGAAAAUCAAAAUUGUGCUAAUACAACACCAACAUUUAAAAAUACCAUGAAACUUAUUUAUAAUCAAUAUGCUCUAGCAACGCCUUUACUAAUUGCAAUUAAUUUUAUCUGGGGAAUGAUUAUUUAUGGUGGGACUACACUGCUUCCGGUUGAACUGCCAUCAACUCCAAGAACAUGCUUACAAGUAAGACCAUAUGUAUAUGUAUGUAUAUACCAUGUUAUCACCGCUUAA